AUUGAUGUCUUACCGGCCCACUAUUCGCGUGGCUCUGCCACGGCAUAGCGCACCUUCUGGUCAUCAUCCUUCUCACAUCAGGCAAAUUGCCAACAUGCCAGCGUCACCACCAACUUUAUACGAAUCAGCACUUGGAUCCUUGCUGUCUUCUAUGUGGAGGCAUCGAAGGCGAUGGGCACUUUUUGUGGCCUUGUAUGCUCAAAAAAGAAACCUGGCUCGUCUACCCUUAUGCAGGUGCUUUCAGAACUACGCGUUGAUGGCCAAACAAUCAUUGCCUGUACGGUUUGGACUACCUGGCUAUGCCAUUAGCGUUGUGUAUUUGAUGGUCGUACCUUCUGGCCUGACGAAGCUGCUGCACGAGUAA